AAUAUCAGUUAAAGUUUUUAUGAUUCAAAAUAAGAAGUUUUAACCAUAAACUAAAUAACAAUGUUGUUUAAGUCAAUCGUAUUGUUUGCAUUCGUAUGUUUGGUACGCUGUGACCCUGGUGAUGAUACCAAAUAUCCCAUCACAUCCUUCAAAGAUGAAGAUAUACUCAAAGUUCAGGGACAGGUCAUCAAAGACGCUAUUGGAUGGUUGCUGAAGACUAAAGAAGAGACAUUUGGUUCAGUGAAGAUCUUGAAUUAUAUUAACGAUCACAUCAAAAAUAUGGACAACAAAAUGAUGAAUUGGGCCGAGGGUUUGAAAAAACAGGGAUACCCUGAAGCCUACGAUAUUUUCCAAAAGAUUCACACCUCUGUCUAUACAAUUGGUUUCCAUAAAGCUUUGGCUAAAAUACCUUUAAUCAAAGACAGUACCGAAGCGGCCGACGCCACGGGAAAGUUUGCAGUCACUGCACGAGUCAUCGAUUGGCGCACAGAUGUCGACACUAAGAGACGAGAGGUUGAGCCGACCAAAUGUGGCGAUGAAAAGACACUUUGGGAUCAGUUGGCCAAUGAAGUCAACAAAUGUUUAGAUACUUUAGACAAAUUGAUCCCCCAAUUGAAGAAUAUGGGCAGUAAUUACUGGGCUGAUAGACAUCAAGAAAUGCGUGACUUCAUUGGCAAUAACUUUAAUGAUAUGAUAAAGAAAAUCCAGGGUAUAACUGACCCGGCUAAACGGACUCAAACUGUUUGCAUACUCGUUGAACAAAUCCAUUUGUUGAAUACUGUGGCUUCAAGCAGACCACCGGCAAAAUAAAUGUCACAUAAAUCAACAAAUAAUUUAUUUUUAGUACAAAUUGUUUAAGUUUUUAACAAUAAAGAAAAUU